AUGGGCAGGUUCGCGAGACUGACACAUGGCCGCAAGCAGGGACCCUCGACCGCCGCCAUCCAGACGGCGACCCGCAGCCCCGUCGUCCUGCGCUCGCAAGUCGCCUCGGCCGUUCCGUCGUCGCUCGCCGCACCGUGUCGUGCAGCGCAACCCACGCCGACCCGCACGCCGUAUCACGAGCCGCACCUCCCGGCCUCGCGCCUCGUCCCGCUCGACGUUCACGGCGUCCUCUCGCUGCGCGACCGCGUCGAGCGCGAGUGCCUCGAGGGCGAGCUCGCGGCGCGCAAGUUCUCGUACAUCGUCGUCGGCGGUGGGACGGCGGGACUCGUACUCGCGCGCAGGUUGAGCGAGGACCCCGAGAACAAGGUGCUCGUGCUCGAGGCGGGACCGUGGAAGGACAAGUGCGCCGAGAUCGACGUGCCCAACAUGUCGGGCAAGCUGUGGCACACCGCCGUCGACUGGGCGUACCACUCGGCCCAGCAGGAGGGCCUGCACGAGCGUCGUGUUCUCUGGCCUCGCGGCAAGCUCCUCGGCGGCAGCUCCAACUUCAACGCGUGCAUGCUCACUCGCGCUCCCGCACUCGACUACGACGCCUGGGCCCGGCUCGGCAAUCCGGGUUGGGACUGGCAGUCCCUCCUCGAGUACCAUCGCCGCAGCGAGUCGUUCCACCUCCCGACGCCGGCGCUCAACCUCUCGCCUGCGACCGCGCACGACCCGACCUGGACGCCUUCGGCACACGGUCACGAUGGCCCCGUGCAGGCGAGUUACUCGCCGUACGUGAGCGAGCAGAUGCAGGGCCUCUUCGAGGCGUUGCGCGAGGACGGUCUGAAAGAGAUCGACCCGAACGGCGGCGCUGCCGCUGGCGUCGGCUAUGCGCCGGCCUCGAUCGACCCGAAGACGCAGACGCGCUCGUCCGCCGAGGCAGCCUACUACACGCCGAUCAAGGACCGCGACAACCUCCUCGUCAUCACGUGCGCGCAGGCGACGCGUCUCGUCUUCUCGUCCAAGAGCGCUGUCGGCGGCCCGCUCAUGGCCAAAGCCGUCGAGUUCGUCGACCCGCACGACCCGACCCACAAGCUCGUCGCUCGCGUCGCGGACGAGGUCAUCCUGUGCGGCGGGACGUUCGAGUCGCCGCAGCUCCUCGAGCUCAGCGGCAUCGGCAACGCCCAUCAUCUUCAGCAAGUCGGCGUCAAGCCUUUCGUCAAUCUUCCCGGCGUCGGCGAGAACCUGCAGGACCACCCGAUGGUCGCCAUGUCGUUCCGGCUCGGCCGCCAGCACGACUCGCUCGACCUUCUCGAGCCAGACCACCACUACGCCAACGAGGUCAUCGAGGAGUACCACCACCAGCAGGGUCCGCUCACGCAGGGUGCCCCGAUCGUCGCCUACCUCCGGCCCUCGUCCUUUCUCACCCGCACCGAGCUCGCGCACGGCAACGACCUGAACCGCGUCACGACCGACCACUACGGCGAGCUGUUCGAGAUCUCGGCGCGCCAGCUCCAGGUCGAGCAGGGCCUGUACGAGGCGAGGGGCAAGCUCGAGAUUGUCGCCAUGAACCGGUUCCUCGGCGGGACCAAGUACGAGCCGGGCAGGAGCUACAUCGGCGUCAUUGCGGCGCUGCAGCACGCGCUGUCGAGGGGGAGCGUCCACAUCACGUCGUCCGACCCGCUCAAGAAGCCGCGUAUCGACCCUCGGUUCCUGUCGCACCCCUCGGACGCGUUCCACCUCGCGCUCGGCGCGCGCCACGUCCACGAGCUCAUGACCGACCCGCACGGGCGCAUGGCCGCCUUUGUCGACCUCGACCACCACGCGCCGCCGUUGUCGGGCAUAAACAUGGCGGGCGACGUGCACGAGGGAGGGGACGAGGGGUGGGAGGACUGGGUGCGAGGGAAUGCGGGGACCGAGCACCAUCCCUCCUCGACCUGCUCGAUGCUCCCUCGGUCCGAGGGCGGCGUCGUCGACUCGUCGCUGCGUGUCUACGGCACGCUCAACGUGCGCGUGGCCGACAUGAGCGUCGUUCCGCUUCUCCCUGGCACCCACACCCAGAGCAUCGCCUACAUGAUCGGCGAGAAGGCGUCCGAGAUGAUCUUGGAGGAUCAGGUGCGCCGUCGCGUUGAUUCCUCACUGCGCGAUCGAGGGCGGAUGGGGGAGACUCGUAGCUACGGCGGCGAGGCCGAGGACGCUGUGUAACUUGUUCUUCUCUCUU